AUGGACAGCUACAUUGCGCCAUCUUUAUUUGUCAAUCAUGGGGGCGGACCCUUGCCCGUGUUGGGUGAGAAAAAUAACCAAGAUAUGGCCGACGCACUACGGAAUGUAUCGAACUUGGUUGAUUUAAAACGCGUUAAAGCAAUUAUUUUAAUCACAGCACACAGAGAAGAGGAUGUGGUCACAAUAUCGUCCGGCGAACGACACAAUCUUAUAUACGACUACUCCAAUUUCCCGCCAGAAAGUUACGCGCUGACGUAUGAAGCGGUCGGUGACCCCGUUUUGGCGGGAAGAUUGCACGGUGCGUUCGGAAAAGCAAACAUCACAUCGCGCUUGGACGACAAAAGAGGUUGGGACCACGGAGUCUUUAUUCCCAUGCUUUUAAUCAAUCCGAAAGCUAAUAUCCCGAUAGUUCAAGUGUCGAUAUUGAAGAAUCAAAGCGCGCGCGACCAUUUUAAUAUUGGACGUGUUCUACGCGAGUUCAGGAAGGAGGGGAUCGCCGUUUUCGGUUCGGGAAUGUCUUUUCAUAAUAUGGGCGCAUUCAAACGAGCUAGAGUCGUUAACGAUGAAGUGGUUGUUAAUGAUUUGUUCGAUAAGUUUCUGAACGAUGUGUGUUUGGGUGUGCGUGAAACAGAAGACAUUUUUGACUGGGAGACAGCGCCGCAGGGCCUGGAGUCACAUCCCUUGAACGAAGCAGACCAUCUGAUGCCGUUAAUUGUGAAUAUUGGUGCUGGAGACAGCCCCGGGCGUAGAGUAUUUUCAUCUGUAUACCUCAAGAAAUUCAAAUUGAGCGGAUUCAUUUGGGAGUGA